GUCAUAAUAACACGGACAUUUAUCGCCAUUACGAUGCCUCCAAAAACUUUCGUUUUAUUUCUUUUACUAGUAACAUGUAUGGAACAUAUUCAAGCUUGUAGGGACGGCUGGGUACAGCAUCAAGAUAAAUGUUACAUGUUCAGCAUGUUAGCUGAACCAUGGCCAGCAGCCUCGAGUAUAUGCCAAGCCUACCACACAUAUUUAGCAGAGCCAAAGACCAUGUCUGAGAUGAACUUUAUCUCUGGAUUUGCUGAACAUUUAGGGAAGGACUACUGGCUAGGUAUUUCGGAUAUUAUAAAUGAAAAUCACUGGGUUUAUUCCUCUAAUAUGGACGAUAUUUCUAUAAAUAACUGGGGGAAAAACGAACCCAAUGGUCACACUGGUGAGAAUUGCGUCCUGGCGGUAGCGGGCUUACAUUAUAAAUGGGAAGACUACCCCUGUGAUACAGUAAAACCAUUCGUGUGUGAAAUGCCUCUAGGGUCUGAUUCUGGGGAGUCCGUUAUUGGGUAACAAGUCAUCUAAUGCAAUCUGUGAAAGUAUUUUAUCUGAAAUUUGAUCAGAUGUCAAGUAAUAUAAAAUAAAUUAGUAA